CAGCCUCUCAUGUCCAUCGAUCUCACUCUUGACCGGAUACAACGCCUUUCUCAAAAGCUGCCGGCCUACACUCGACCAACGUGUCAUAUAGCGGGUACAAAUGGUAAAGGCAGCGUAGCAGCUCUGGUGUCAUCCAUCUUCGCCACUUGCGUCAAGGUUGGACGCUUCAACAGCCCUCAUCUAAUCUCGGUUCACGAUUCCAUUACAAUAAACGACGAGACCGUGAGACUCGAUGCGUAUGAAGCCGCAAGAGCGGAAGUUGAACGACUAAACGAAGAAAAUGAAACGAGCCUCAGCAGUUUCGAAAUACUUACGCUGACUGCGCUGCUCGUCUUCGAGCGAGCGGCGGUGGAUGUGGUUGUUCUGGAGGUCGGCAUGGGUGGACGGCUCGAUGCGACGAAUAUCAUCCCCGACGAGUCUGUCCUUGUCUCAGCGCUAACUGCUGUUGAUCUCGACCACCAAGCAUUCCUUGGAACUACGGUUUCUGCCAUUGCUGCUGAGAAGUCAGCCAUUGCUCGGAGUGGGAAACCGUUUGUUCUGGGGACCCAAACACAUGAGGAAGUGGAGAAUGUCGUGGCCAAUGCGGUCACAAACACUGGAGCUAUCAUGCUUUACGCCCUUCCAGUCUUCACCAGAGACUGGGACACAAACAUCGACGGGCCGGAAUGGGCUUCAUUCUCGCUUUCUGCGCACGUCUCUCCACCACCUACCCCCGUUCGAUUCCUAAUGCCAUGCUUUGACCACCCCGUUCAUGCCCUACUUCCGCUCUAUGGCGAACAUCAGAUCGAUAAUUUGGCCUUGGCCGUAUCUGUGGUGUCCGCUGCACUCACGAGCUCCGAGUUCAUUUCGCUUCGCCCGCGCUUCACCGACAAGUCGAUAGCAGACGGCAUAAAGAACACUCGCUGGCCAGGUCGCCUUUCUUUCCAUUCUAUCACUACUUCGACCCCACUCUUGGUACUUGCGGAUGGGGCACAUAAUCCCGCUUCAGCAAUGUCACUCGGUGCUUAUCUUAACGAACUGCUUGCACCUCUUCCAAAGCCAAUUUCGCUCACAUUCAUACUUGGUCUCUCCUAUGCACCGCACAAGUCCCCAACGGACACUCUGCGACCAUUAUUUUCCCUGCCCAAUGUCAAGUUUAAUGUAGCAUUGGUGCAAUUCUCUUCACCGGAGGGUAUGCCAUGGGUACGCGUGGUUCCACCUGUUGAGCUCGAGGAAGCAGUCAAGACACUGGAACCUACGUCGAAAACCUGGGUCGCCACGGAAAGAUCACAGUUGAAAGAGGCAAUCAACUGGGCAGCUUCAUGUCAGGAAAAUACGCCUUCAGGACUCGUCGUCGUGGCAGGCAGUCUAUAUCUCAUAGCCGACUUUUAUCGCUUAUUGGCAGAGCAGCAGAUGCGCCUUGAUUGA